UUUCUCACUCCUCUCUUGUAUCUUUCUAGGUACACAUGAAGUAGAGCUGCUCUUCUUUCAGUGCUCUCCAUUUCCAAAAUGCCAAAGUUUUCCAAAUUUCUAGAACAGGAAUGGGCAAAAAUAUACAGCAACGGAUUUAUCAAAAGAUUACAGUUGGUAGCAGACCAUUUUCCAACCAAGCUGCUGAUAUCACCUUCUGAUUGAAAUGAGAGCCAUUAUUUCCCUGUCCUCAACAUCAAAACUACUGAUGAUGUCUCAACUUGUAUUUAAUUAUUAAUGCGCUCCAGGCUUUUCUUGCUUCUCACUGGCCCCGUAGUCUUCAGCCUUUCUGAAUUUUGACUGAGAAAAAAAAAUAAGAAGAAAACAAAAUCAGUUGAGUGCCUUUGAAUAGAAAACUGACCUUUUCUUUGAGGGUUACUUUGGCUUCUUCAAGGUUGGCUUUAAGUACAGUGUAGAUUUUGGAUGGAGCUGUGGAAGUGGUUCAACUAUCUUAUCUUUAUAAGAUACUGUACAAGCAAAGCUGGAAUUUUUCAGCUGAUCUCACAAACUUCAGGGGAUUAGAAGUUCAGCUUGAUAGGAUACUUCUAUUUGCGACUACUAUGGAUGAGUUCUUGAAAAGAGACUAUCCAAGACAAUCAAUUCAAAGCUUGCCAGAGUCCAUACAUUCACUUCUAGGAUUCAAGAAAGACUUGACUCCCAACUGGGUCGAAUCUGUUCGUCGAAUAAUAAGCAAUGUGACAUCUCUCAGGAUAGAUGGUGGUUCUCAAAUGAGUUGCUCAGAAUCAGAAAAAACUGAGACUGAGAAAUAUGAAGCUAUUUCAAAGAUUCAAGGUGAUAUCAAUUUACUAAAUGCUCGGGUCAACAAGUUGAACAUAGGAAGGAGGCAAGCGCUAAAUGAGUACUUGGAUCUGAAAGGGAAUAUUCGUGUAUUUUGUCGGAUACGACCACUAUUAGGAGAUGAGCCAUAUAGUAACCGAAGACCAGUAGCGUCUUCAGAUUCAAGCACUGUGUUUCUGAAUAUUACUGACAAGAAGACCAAACAAUAUACUUUCGAUAAGGUUUUCCACCCACACUCAACACAAGAUGAAGUUUUUCUUGAAAUAGAGCCAGUGAUAAAAUCUGCAUUGGAUGGAUAUAAUGUUUGCAUAUUUGCUUAUGGACAAACAGGCACGGGUAAAACUUAUACUAUGGAAGGCAUACCAAACUCCCCUGGUGUUGUGCCUCGAGGAAUUGAAGCCUUGUUUGACCAAGCAUUAGAAAGCAAUUACAAACUCCAGUUUACUUUCAGUAUGCUUGAGAUAUAUUUGGGAGGCCUACGGGAUUUACUUGUUCCUCGGAGUGUGAAGCUAAGGAUUCCUAAAGUACCUUGCCUUUCAAUCCAAACAGAUCCUAAUGGUGGCAUAGAGAUCGAAAAUCUUACUGCUGUCAAAGUGAACAAUUUCAAGGAAGUGAAGAAGUUAUAUAAAUUCGGCAACCAUUUUAGAUCAACAGCUCCAACCAUGUCUAAUUCUACAUCAAGCAGAUCUCACUGCCUUAUCCGAAUAUCUGUAACUGGUUGCGGAGCAUCAGCGAGAUGUAGGGAUACAAAUAAGAUAUGGAUGGUUGAUUUAGGUGGAAGUGAACGACUGUUAAAGACACAGGCAAGCGGGAGAAGACUCGAAGAGGGGAAGGCAAUAAAUCUAUCACUUUCAGCCCUUGGGGAUGUUAUUAGUGCACUCCAAAGUAGAAAGCCUCAUGUUCCUUACAGGAAUAGUAAGCUUACACAAGUUCUCAGAGAUUCCCUUGGAUCAGAUUCAAAAUCCUUGAUGCUUGUCCAUGUGAGCCCCAAAGAAGAAGAUAUGUGUGAAACCAUAUGUUCCCUUAGUUUUGCAACAAGAGUUAGAAGCAUCCAUCUUGGGAGUGAAGAAGCAACGAAACAGGAAAUGAGAGCUAAAAAAGAACUUGCAAUGACUGAACUGCUGCAAAAGGUUCAAAAUUUUGAAAGUGAACGACAAGAUGUUAAAAAGAAUAUUGAGAGGCUUACUAAGAGACUAAAGCAGUUAACAGGACCUGAGCCAGAAAGUGAAGGAAAUGUUGAAACCUCCCAUCUAUCCAUCGAAAGUAUUCAGCCUAAUGGGAAGGACAAGAUAAAGAGAGCCAAAGGUUCAACAAGAGCUCCAGCAGACUUACCAAGAUUCAUGAGACCCACAAUCUGCAGUCGAAGAAAAACAGGCACUAAUCAGCCGAUCUCUUGGAAUAGCAGCAGGAAGCCACAGAUUCCUCCAAAGCAGCGAAGGCCUUCAUCAGUUUAUGCUGAAUCUGUGACUUACCAAACUAAGGGUGUGGAUUGGCAGUCUGAACAUGGCUCAGAAUUUAGUAUGCCCUCAAUUAGCAUCUUCAACUGGAACUACAGUGCAAAUGAUGGAACUGAAUGGAGUCGAGAAACAUCUGAGUAUCAGAUCAAAAAGGUUAUCUUCCCAGAACCAGAGAAAUCCCCCAGAGAUUCAAAGUCUUCUUUUUCAGAUGAAAAUUCCCAUGAGUCAGAAGACGGUCAGACAAACAAAUUAGAGUAUGAGAACAAUUUGGUUCUUGAUAAUUGGCUUCAGUUACAAAUGAAAGAACAGAAUAGUUCGUACAAACAAGUGCUUGCUAUUCCUACUGAUGCAAAAAACUCAAGUCCGGAUGCCAACGAAAAUCUAAAUGAUUUCAGAGAAGAGCUAAGGUUAUACAAGACAAAUAAGAACUUUGAUGAAUCCAUGAUUAAAGGAGAGCCUCACAAGGACACACCUAUCACCGACAGUUCAUCAUCAGAUGUAGCAAGUAAAAAGCAUCUUCAGAAAAAUGAUUCAGAUCAAGGAUAUCAAAGGUUCGAAUGCAUACAUGAAAACAAACAAGAGUGUAUUAACACUUGUGAGGAAAUUGAGUCUGGUAGUGAAAGUGCUCUAGCAGAAAGAGGAACUCCUGUAACCAAAGAAAUGGCAAUGUUACUCAAUGGCUACAAUGAGGAUUCAAGUAGCUCUAAAGAUCACAACAUAGAUAAUGAGGAAACUCGCCUGUUCUCCAUGAGAUGUAGAAGAAAAUUGCUAACGGCGGAAGAUAAAGCAAAACUUGUUCAGAAGUUUGUAGCUCUGGGAGAUUCAGCAGUAACUGUUGCCAACUCCGAAGAGGGAAAACAUGCGAAGGGGGCAAGCCAGCUACUUGGGCAUACUGUUCGAUUGAUAUGGGCUAUUGCUCUUUUAGGAUUGGGGAUUCGCAGAUUAGGAUUUGAGGAUGACUUCUUCCAGGGCUUAACAUUAUAAGAUGCUAGCAUUUGUGUUGAUCCGUCAACAUAGGACUAGGUUUUACAUGAUUACUCCACACAAAAGUUCUUCUUUUCCUUUUAUUCUUCUUUUAGAAAAGCAUUCAAAUGUUAUUGUAAAUUAAGGAAUGCAGUAGGUUAGAAACAAAUUGUGCCUUCACCCUUCAGAUGUGAAUUAGGAACAAACUGUGUUCCCAUCGUACCGCAAAAUCUCACUCCCCCAAUAUCCCCCCGUGGAAGCAAAUGUUUGAUUCAAAUUUCUGGCAUAAGAAUCAGCAAGAGCAAGCUUAAGAUUGUCUGUUGGAU